AUGUCAACUUUGGAAUACUGUGCCUCAAUCGCAACACGUGGGACGUCUUCAUGGAAAAACGUGGACAACUGUAAACAAUGCCCCUAUUUUACCACAUCACUUUUUCUUAUGACGAACCACGUGAGACGACACCGUUCAUUUUUGGAAAAAUUCACGUGUGCCAACUCCGAAAUCGAAGUUUAUUACUGUAAAGACUGCAAUUUUAAGACUCAACUAACCCUCUUGUUCAAACAACACAUUGCUAAAUACCAUGGCAUUAAAAGUGAAUCCAGAAACGAAGACUUCCGCAUAAAAAACUACAGGUGCAAAAAAUGCGACUUUGAAACAAAUCUCUCAUUAAAGUGGCUUCAGCAUGCUUCAGCGUGUAGACGGAAUAAAAAACGUGUGACUCCCCGAAAACAGAAUACCACAUAUAGUUUCGAUUUCAAGCAAAUUGGCAACAUACUCUGGUAUUACUGUGCGCAAUGUGCCUACAAAGCUAAACGCAAAAGUAUUGUAAGCCGCCAUAUGAGGAAACACGAUUUAAACAGGCGAUGGGCAUGUGACAAGUGUCCAUUUAAAAGUAAAUAUGAUGGAAAUUUGAGAAAGCACAUACAACAAAUCCACGUGGAUGAACAAUGUGUUGAGUGGUUUCAGUGUGAAAAGUGUCCCUUCAAGACCAAAUUCAAAGCUAGUUUAACUAAGCACACAAUUGCUUUACACUUGAAUGACGACGACGUUAAAUGGUACAAAUGCAAUGAGUGUGAUUAUAAAGCUAAGUAUAAAUCGUCUAUGAAGCCACACAUGAUUGCAAAACAUUUAGAUGAAGAAAAAAUUAAUAGAUACAAGUGUGAAAGGUGCCCAUACAAAGCUAAACAGGCGUCCCAUUUGAAAAGUCAUAUGAUUUUUCGACAUACUGGUGCAGAAGAAGUUAAGUGGUAUGAAUGUGGGAAUUGUUCAUAUAAAAGUAAAGCAAAAAAUGAUUUAAAAAGGCAUGUAAAGGUCCAUUUGGAGGCUAGAUAG